AUGUCCGCUGCCAAGUCUCGCCAAUAUGCCCACCUCCAUUCCCAGCUUGCACAGCUCAACGCCAACCUCGCCGACACGGAGAACCUACUCCGCAUGACUGCCGUGCAGGCGGCGGACAUGCGUUUCCUAGGCGGGUACUCUGGGGCGCUGUUCAUGGGCUCUGCGAAGAUUCUGGGUGAGGAGGGUGUUAAAGGAAAUGCGGAUAAGGAUAAGAAGACUGAUUCCGAAGGGGGAAUUAAGAGGGAGGAGAGUGAUGAGGAUUGA